AUGGCGGAUGGUCACCUGUUCAACAAUAUCUCUCUGGGGGGUGGGGGCACUAAUCCAGGGCAACUUAGGGUUCAUUCAGGGGGUAUACUGUGGAAGAAACUAGGAGGUGGUAAAGGGAUGGAAGUUGGUAAGUCUGAUGUAGUGAGCCUUACCUGGAUGAAAGUGCCCCGGACAAAUCAGCUUGGAGUCCGGAUAAAGGAUGGUCUGUACUACAAAUUCGCUGGUUUCCGUGAUCAGGUUUAUGAUACGUCAUGGUAUUUGAAGAGGUAGUCACUAGAAAUGUCUAGAAUAUUUUGGGAGGUCUAUUCAUGUUCUUGGGAGGCUUGUUCAUUCAUGGCUACAUGGGAAUUCAAACAGUUUUUUCUUGAGGACAGCCGGCCAUGAAGUGGCCAAAUUCAAGGUGUUUUGGCUAAGAAAAAUCAGUAUAAAAGGAGUGGAGUUGCUACCCAAAAAGUAGAGUGGUUUUCUGUGCAGAAAAAAACAGAAAAAAGAGAGUAAAAAAACAGUGUUGCUG